CCUCUGACGUGAAAGGAUGCGCGUAGAUGUAAAGACCAAAUUUUUUUUACUACGAAGUGCCUCUUGUUUUAGUGUUUUUUAAAGUAGUGUCUUUAGUGUUCCUUUUGAACAUAAUAGAGAAACGGUAGAAAGUGUUCCUCGUUGAAUUUUUGCGAUAAAUUUGAGCACCGAACUGAUUCGUUGUGUGACAUCAUCAGAUCAUCUCCACCAGUGAUGGUUAUGGCCAACGGCGGUGGGGGGCUGGUGCAGUCCCCACCCGACAUGCUGCACCACCACAAUAUGAUGGACACAUCUUCCCACGUCGAAAUGAUGCCCAAGAAGCUCCGUCUCUCGCUGUGCGUGGGCUGCGGUGGGCAGAUCCACGACCAGUACAUCCUGAGGGUGGCGCCGGACCUGGAGUGGCACGCCGCCUGCCUGAAGUGCCAGGAGUGCCGCCAGUUCCUCGACGAGAGCUGCACCUGCUUCGUGAGAGACGGCAAGACCUACUGCAAGAGGGAUUAUACUAGGUUAUUCGGCACGAAAUGUGAUAAGUGCGGCGCGUCCUUUAGUAAAAACGACUUCGUGAUGCGUGCGAAGACGAAAAUCUACCACAUCGACUGUUUUCGGUGCUGCGCCUGCGCACGACAACUUAUACCUGGUGAUGAAUUCGCGUUAAGAGAAGGCGGCGCCUUAUAUUGUAGAGAAGACCACGACGUUUUAGAAAAGAGUGCAAACACAAGUGGUAGUAGCACGAACAACGCAGAAAGCAACAACAACACAACACUCAGCAACAACAACUCGCACCAUCCACAUGAACUGGGCUCUAUGUCAGAUUCAGGCAGCGAGUCGGGGUCGCACAAGUCUGGUCGGGCGCGGCCGGGCGCGGCGGCCGACGGCAAGCCCACCAGAGUCCGCACCGUCCUCAAUGAGAAGCAGCUGCAUACGUUACGAACCUGCUACGCGGCGAACCCCCGUCCCGAUGCGCUGAUGAAGGAACAGCUGGUGGAGAUGACAGGCCUCAGCCCGCGCGUCAUCAGGGUCUGGUUCCAGAACAAGCGGUGCAAGGACAAGAAGAAGACCAUACAGCUCAAGAUGCAGAUGCAGCAGGAGAAGGAGGGUCGGCGUUUGGGGUACAUGUCGAUGGGCGUGCCGCUGGUGGCGGGCUCGCCGGUGCGGCAUGAGGCGGGCGGGUCUCUCGCGCUCGAGGUGACCGCCUACCAGCCGCCGUGGAAGGCGCUCUCGGACUUCGCCCUGCACGCCGACCUCGACCGGGCCCCGCAGCACAGCGCCGCCUUCCAGCAUCUAGUUAACCAAAUGCACGGCUACGACAUCCCAUCGCUGCCGCCGCCGCGCGCGGCCCACGGAGGCGAGGACAACUACGUCACGUACCUCGAGAGCGACGACAGCCUGCCGCCCUCCCCCUAGUGUCGCCUCACCUAACCUCCCACACCGGGGUAGCCAUAGACAUUAGACAAUCCUCAAACUUUUAACUACCGUCUUAUCAGCGAAAACGUCAACGUGACAGCUAGUGAUGCCCCAGUUUGUUCGUGACACGUAUCGAUAUUUUUGUGUUCGUGUCACCGGCACCGAGCUGAAGCACUGGUUUUAUGAAAAUUAUUUGUGCUAGGAUGUAAAAUAAAUGUUAAUUUAUAGACUCAUAAUGCCUUAACUAUUGUUAUGGCAAAAAUUACUUCGACCUCGAGUAUUAAUAUAGAUAUCUAGUAGUAAGAUAUUUUUUGUUAAGUCGUUUUUAUAAAUUAUUAUGGUACAAUAGAGUUAGUUAUUAUGAGCAGUUAUAACAUUUUGUUAUGGUUGUAUCAAUAUUAUACGCAUGCAGCUUCUGCUGAUUCCUAUUAUGUGUAAAUACCGUAUUGUAUGAUAUUUCUAUACAUAAUAUUAUUACAUACCUAUUAUGUUCAACCUAAUUUACCUUUACAUGUUUGCAAAAUUACUUAAUGUAAUAUAGUUUGGCAUAUUGUGUUUUCAGAAAUUUUAUUACCUACUCAUCAUGACUUCUAGCUAAUUAUCUACUUUGAUUCAUUUAAAUCAUGGUUUCAUUAUUUGAAUACUACUUUCUUCUGUCUCUUUUCUAAGGUUUACCCUCUUGUUCGAGUCCAUUUUUAUAAAUACAAUAAUAUUAUCGCGCCUCCUCAUUUUUUCGCGUUUUCGUCGGCAUGGUGAUAUCGUGCUAAGUUCGACCUCUCUGUCACAACUCCCCUCUAAUUAUAUUCAAUAUAAUUAAUAUCUAAUAUCUAUUAUUCUUAAUUCCUUUUGGGCUAUUUUUUUAAACGUAUUACAAUAAUAUUAUGCGUACAUAUUACUUUUUACAUAAGUAAGUACCAUUAUAAAAUAGAUACGAUCAAGCUUUCCUAAAAGUACAUUAUUGUUAAUUUAAUCAAUUUUGUGAUGUUUACCAUUA